AGGGAGUGAAGAGUCAGAGCUUUCUCAAGGGCUGUGUGGCAGCUAACCAAUGUAAAGUCGGCACCCUCUCUAUGAAUUUUGGGAAUGGAAUGACAACAAGGACGAGCGUCGUUUGCUGCGUGGGAGACGCCUGCAGAACAACCACAGUUACAAUGCCCCCGGCUGACACCAAACCCAACGGUCGGAGCUGCCCUGGCUGCUUCCCCUCAAGCCAGGGUCCAUGCAAGGAAGGGACCAUAGCGUGUACUGGACCUGAGACGCAUUGUGUUGACGCCGCUGGGACCGUAACGAUGAGUGGAAGUCAAGUGCAGACCGUCAUGAAGGGCUGCGCUUCCGAGUCCGUCUGCGCCAAUAUAAAAGUGGGUUCAGGGACCUUCACAGGGAUUAGUGCAGAUCUAACCACAGCCAAAUGCACAGCAGCCUCCGGCGCGGCGGGCGUGACUCCGGGACCAGCCGGGCUCCUCCUCCCGGCCCUCGCUGGGCUUCUCCUGCUGAAGCUUCUCUCCUGAUUCUCCACCCAGUGCAAUGGCGACAUCGCACGGAAAUACACCCUGCAGCCUGCGUUAGUCCCUCUCCCCUGCGCACGGGUUUUCCUCUCCAGGACGGACUCACAUCCCCUUGAUGUUGCCAGUGGCGUAGCCAGGAUCCAA